AUGCUUCCAUCAUUAGUAAGGACUGGAGGUUACGUCUGGAAAUUCACCCCACACAUCACAUCAACCCAAAGAGCAAAUCUAAAAAAGAGAAUGUUACAAGUUGAUGAAAAUAUACAACAAAUAUAUCAAGGAUUAAUUAAAACAAAUAAAAUUGAAACACAAGGUAAAAAAACUGGAUAUGAAAAAAUAGAUCAUUUAAAAUUUGAAUUUCCUAAAUUCAAUCAAAUGUCAAGUAGAGAUAAAUAUACUACAUUUAGUAGACAUUCAAGAGAUUAUAGAAAACCUAUACAUAGAGUUCCAAAAUGGACAAAAUUAUCAUUUAGAGAAAAUCCAAAACAUUUUUAA